GAAGCCUGCUGGAAGCGGGAUUGGGAGGCAGCAGAAAAAGCUCUUGUGUUUGCAGGAGCCCCCUCAGUGUGCAGACUGACUGAGCUGGGCGCCGGGCAGCAGCGCACCCACAGAAAAAAGAAGAAGAAGAAGAAGAGAUUGCAGCCUGGGUGUGCUCAGCUCCUGCCUGCCUGCCCCUGGGAAGUGUGACUAAGACAUCGUUUACUUUAAUCCUUAUCACCGCUGGGUCUUCAGGGUCCUGGGCUUUGGGCUCACAGGCCCCGGGAUGCAGGCCCUCGUGCUUCUCCUCUGGACCGGAGCCCUCCUCGGGAGCGGCAGCUGCCAGAACAACGCUGGCAGCCCGGAGGGCUCCCCGGACCAGGAGACCACGGCGGGGCCCGAGGAGGAGGACCCCUUCUUCAAGGUCCCCGUGAACAAGCUGGCCGCCGCCGUCUCCAACUUCGGCUACGACCUGUACCGCGCCAAGUCCAGCGCCAGCCCCGCGGCCAACGUGCUCCUGUCCCCGCUCAGCGUGGCCACGGCGCUCUCCGCCCUCUCGCUGGGAGCUGAGCAGCGGACAGAGUCCACCAUCCACCGGGCUCUCUACUACGACCUGAUCACCAACCCGGACAUCCAUGGCACCUACAGGGAGCUCCUGGCCGCCGUCACCGCCCCCCAGAAAAACCUCAAGACCGCCUCCCGGAUCGCCUUUGAGAGGAAGCUGCGGAUAAAGACCAGCUUCGUCGCGCCCCUGGAGAAGUCCUACGGGACCAGGCCCAGGGUCCUGACCGGCAACCCCCGCACGGACCUGCAGGAGAUGAACAGCUGGGUGCAGGCCCAGACCAAGGGGAAGGUGGCGAGGUCCACCAGGGACCUGCCCAGCGAAAUCAGCAUCUUCCUCCUGGGGGUGGCUUACUUCAAGGGGCAGUGGGUAACAAAGUUUGAUCCCAAAAAGACUUCCCUCCAGGAUUUCCACUUGGAUGAGGAGAGGACUGUGAGAGUGCCCAUGAUGUCAGACCCGAAGGCAGUCUUACGCUACGGCUUGGAUUCUGACCUGAACUGCAAGAUUGCCCAGUUGCCCUUGACUGGAAGCAUGAGUAUCAUCUUCUUCCUGCCCCUGAGAGCGACCCAGAACUUGACCAUGAUAGAAGAGAGCCUCACCUCUGAGUUCGUUCAUGACAUAGACCGAGAAUUGAAGACCGUUCAAGCAGUCCUGGCCGUACCCAAGCUGAAGCUGAGUUACGAAGGCGAAGUCACUAAGUCACUGCAGGACAUGAAGCUGCAAUCCCUAUUCGAUUCACCGGACUUCAGCAAGAUCACGGGCAAAUCUAUCAAACUCACUCAAGUGGAACACCGGGCCGGCUUCGAGUGGAAUGAGGACGGGGCAGGCACCGCCCCCGGCCCAGAGCUCCAGCCCGCGCGCCUCACCUUCCCCCUGGACUAUCACCUCAACCAGCCCUUCAUCUUCGUGCUGAGGGACACGGACACGGGGGCCCUCCUCUUCAUAGGCAAAAUUCUGGACCCCAGGGGCACUUAAUGCUCCGGUUUAAUGUUCAAAUACCCAAAAGGAAAAACAGCAACCCUAGAGGGAUGGCAGGUUAUGCAUGGCAUGAAGGCUGCCCCUAAGUUUCAAUGUAUACUUUGCAAUAAAAGUGCUUUAUCCUUAA